AUGGCGCCCACCCAGAGCAAAAAGUACGCCGUCGCUUCGGAGAAAUCAUCUGGCCCUGCCAAUUUGAACCUCAAUGCUGCCAGUCUGGGUAAUUCGCAAAUAAUGCUUCAGGCCCCGACGCACCAUCAUGCUCAGCAGGCGCACCACCUGACGAGUGCACGCAACGCCUUCAAGAAUAGCACUCGUCAUUCUCAUGCUCUCCAUGCACCAACAAAGGCCCCCGAUCCAGCGCCUGGGCCGGGACCUGGGCCUGUCCCUGGCUCGGCUUCAGGCCCCGGAUCUGCUCAACUACACGGCGUGGGAGAUGCUAAAUUGCACCAUCGCACAACACAGCCAUACUCGAGCGUUGCGUCGUUGCAUCACAUCCCGCAACAACCGCAAACGAGGACAUUGAGCGGAAGCCAGAGCACGCAGCAACCCUAUCCGUCGCCAAACAUCUACACGCCUCAGCCCGGUCUCCAGUCACCGUUUCUCAAUAGUCAGGCUCAAUUCCAGGCGCAACCCGCUCCUGCCGAACCACCGAACUUUUAUCCGCCUACGCAAAGCCCACGAAGCCAACACAGCGGUGCUGGAGCCUAUUAUCCUCCAGAAAAAUCCGAUUCUAUGGCAGCAACCGCGACCAUGCAGAGGCCUUACCCUCCUAUUUAUCAUACUCCGCAGUCGAACUCGCCAGCUUCAGUCACCUCGCCUCAGACUCACGAUCCCGCACGGCCUAUGUUUGCUCAGCCAGGCUCCCAGUUGAAUCAGCCACUCUACGGCUAUCAGUAUGGGAUGAAUUCAGUACACCAACCAACUUAUGGACAACACCAUGCAACUUCCCAGCACCAGAUCAACUCUCAAUCGAUGCUCCCGUAUCAAUCUACGGCUUCGCAAAUUGCGCCACCACAGGUUGCGUCACAUCAUUCCAUCUCCAGCAGUCCAAGAUUGAAAUCGGAGCCCAACCAGCAUUAUCAGCAAACCCCCCAGGCACGACCGGGAAUGCUUCAACAACAACAACAACAUCCAACGCCGAGCUCCCAACCUUCGGUCCUGCCACAGCAACAAGCACAACAGCAAUCCACACUCCAGCAGCAGCAAAUAUCACAGCAACAGCAGCAGCAGCAGCAACAUCAACAACAGCAACAGCAGCAACAGCAGCAGCAGCAGCAGCAGCAGCAGCAGCAACAACAGCAACAGCAACAGCAACAGCAACAUCAGCAGCAACAACAACAACAGCAGCAGUCACAGAUGCCGCCGAAUUUACAGGCAAACGCGAACGCUGCGCCUGGACCUAUCCCUGCCACGACACCUUUGAAGGUGCGACAAGAUGGGAACGGUGUUCAGUGGAUAGCUUUCGAAUACUCCAGAGAUCGCGUCAAAAUGGAGUAUACCAUCAGGUGUGACGUCGAGUCAGUAGACGCCACUGUUUUGUCGCAAGAGUUCAAGUCAGAAAAUUGCGUCUACCCGCGAGCUUGUGUUCCAAAAGAACAGUAUAAAGGAAACCGAUUGACCUAUGAAACAGACUGCAACCAUGUCGGCUGGGCAUUGGCAGAGUUGAAUCCUUGUCUGCGAGGCAAGCGAGGACUAAUCCAAAGGGCCGUGGAUAGCUGGAGAAACAGCAAUCAAGAUCCGCGACUGCGAAGUCGUCGCGUCCGCCGACAAGCCAAGAUGCACAGGACUAAAUCGACACCUGCAUCCUUGAGCAAGGCCCCUGGAUCGGGUGGCUCCGUGUCGACAGGGCUUCCCGGCCCAAACUCAAUGGCGGCUCCCCUCCCUCGGGCCCCCGGGGCUCUAUCCAGCACACAAGCUCAGAUACUCCAUCACGCCCAGGAUGUGUCUCCUGCUGGGCAUGAGAACGUCGGAGCUCCCACCUAUAAUCCUACACAACUGACUUAUCGACAAAAUCCCGUGAGUCCACAAAUGGUGAAUCCGAACGACUUGCGUCAAGCGCAUGUUUUCGCCGGCUAUCCAAGCUACCCAGCUUCGCUAGCUCCCUCGAUGGGCCCGUCCAUGGCUCCAUCGAUGCAAGGAGGUCUUCACCAUCUCGGACGGCCUGGAGGAACUGCUGCCAUGGCUUCCAAAGAACAAGAGGAGAAGAAUGAGGAAGACAAUGCCUUGUUCGGAGAGCUGCCUGAAGGCAAACGGCGAAAGUUCAUCCUGGUGGAUGAUACGCAGAAGAAUGCCCGUGUGCGAGUGAAGGUUACUCUGGAUCAGAUCGAGAUGAGCGAGAUCCCGGAUUCUUACCGCAAGCAGAACUCGGUCUUUCCUCGAGCGUACUUUCCGGUCCAGAUGCAGACUGGUUCCGAAUCGACCCCAGGUGCUCGUUUCGUCGAAGAAGGAGAUGAGGUUGACAGCGGGGUGCCAACGAUUGGAAAAACAGCUGUGUCUGUUCCGACCACGGAUGGUGAAGCUGAGGUGGCGGUUCCCUUGAUUUCGACAAGCAAAAGAGGCCGAGAGCAGAAGAUCAAUGAACUCGGAUAUCGCAUGGCCUGGGGGCAGGGUCGAGUAUUUUCGGGCAGACCAAUCUUCCUUGCUCGAGCCCUCGACGCUUAUCGCAGCAAGCAACGAAGUGCACUCCUCGCUUCUGGUGCCGAUCCAUCACAUAUUCCGGCGCAUCUCGAAAGUCGACCUGGCAAGAGGAAGUGGCUCGAACGAACCAGAGUUACUGCCCAAGCACCAACGCCGCCAGCCCCGACUUUGGACUGA